GACCCGACACCGUCGUUGUGAACGCUUCGUCCCCGUCGGGUGAGAUCCGAGACGCGAGUUGGGCCCCGAGUGGCCUUACGACGAGUCCCGAUGUGGGCCCCGAUGUGGCGCAAAGUUCAGUCAACGUGCAACUUCGUACGCUGAGAAGUCGGAAGAUGAGCUGGAUGAGCUCCAUGCCAAGAUGGACUCGAGGAAAAGAUAGAAAAGGACGUCCGAAUGAGCCCGAGGACGAGCAGCACCAGAACCUGCUCGAAGAUGUGGACAUGUUUGAUGGGAGACCACAUCGAGUCGCAGUCCAAGAACGACUUCGUUGUCGAGCUUUGGACUCGAGUUUGCGUUUGGCGCCCUAG